AUGAAAAAAGAAGUUUUAAAUGAACUGGAAAAGAUAUGGCCUACGGUCACCGAAGCACACACGCAAUUGCUGUCUGGUACAUUGCGCAGACUAUCAUUUUUACGUCGACGAGAAAGUCAACUUUUAUCGUCAUUAUCAUUAUCUUCUUCACCAAAACAAUCAAAUUCCACAAUGCAACAGUGUUGGUCACCGUGUGAGAUGGAUUCGUAUAUUGAAAGAUCAAUCUGUCAGGAUACUUUUCCACCUUGUGAAUUCUGCUUUGAACCAUCAACUUCAGCUAUUAUAACGGAUAUAUUUAAUACGGAUCGUGAAAGACAAAGCAGUGAACCUGUUUCUGUGCCUGAACCAUCAACAACAGCAUUAGGUAAUAAUCAACAACAACCACAACAACAAUCACAUUCAUCUGGUUAUGAUUCUACAUUUGGUAAUGAACUAUCACCAACGAAGAAUUACUGGAUAUUAGGCAUUAAUGAUAUUUCAUCAUGUCCAUCAAUAACAAGUGAUGAUCUUUUCAAUGAUCAAGAUCAAUCUGAAUUUGAUGAAACUCCAACAAAUAUAACAAUUAAUAGUACUGAUGAUCCAGAUACCGAUGAUGAUAGUUUCGAAGUACUUUCAUUCGAAGCACCACCAGAAAGUUCUAUUUACUUCAAAGAAUUUCAAUAUACAACGCCAAAAAGUCAAAAUAAUGUUUGUGAUUGUUGUAGUGAACCAUUUACAUCAAUAUCAAAUUUACCUGCACGUCGUUGUUAUUAUUAUGGUAAAUUAUAUUGUCCACGUUGUCAUAUCAUGGAUUAUGCAUAUAUUCCAGCAAAAGUAAUUAAAUCAUUUGAUAUGCAUCUUUAUCCAGUAUGUCGUCGAGCUAAAUUAAUUCUUCAAUCAAAUUUUUAUCAGCCAAUAUUUGACAUACAAAAUGAUAAUGAAAAUUUAUAUGUAUUACAUCCAAUACUAUCUGAAAUAAGAAUAAGUCGUUUACAAUUUCAAAAUUAUUAUGCAUAUUUAUCAACAUGUACACGUAUUGAAAAUGAAUUAAAUGAAAAACUUUUAAAAGAAUUUUAUGCACGUGAUUAUCUUUAUCAAAGUAUUCAUUUAUAUUCAUUAAAUGAUUUAUUAUCCUUAAAAAAAAUUUUACAAAUACUUAAUGCAGCAAUUAUACGAGCAAAACAACACAUAAAUAAAUGUUUAAUUUGUCUUGAAAAAGGUUUUAUUUGUGAAAUAUGUAAAAAUAGAAAGAAUAUACUUUAUCCGUUUGAUGAUAUAAAAACAAUCGGACGAUGUGAUCAGUGUUCAAAUAUAUAUCAUAGACAAUGUUGGGAUAAUAUUGAUCAAGAUUGUCCAAGAUGUUAUCGUUUAAUACAACGAAAACAUGAACAACAUAUUAUAUAA